ACACACCCCUGGUUGCGCAGUAGCCCGCCCGGCCCACUGCCGAUCGGUCGGAUUGAGCAGGAAAGCGAGCAUUUUCUUGUCACCGCGAAAACUUUUUUUAACUAAUCGUGUUGAUAACGAUUAAAAUUUCUUUGAAAAUGAGAAUUUUAUUCUCAUUAUUUUAGAGACAUAUAAAACGGAUGUGAAAAUUGGUGCACGAUGCCGAAAAUCACUAGAAGCCGUAUAAUGGCCAGCGCCCAAGUACAAUGCGCUGUGUUGUGCUUCCUGCUCUACUAUUUAACACCAUCAGGAUGUAUGAAUGCGAAGAUCAACUUUCGGGAGAAAGAGAAGCAGAUACUGGACCAAAUCCUGGGUCCGGGGAGGUACGAUGCCCGCAUCCGCCCUUCAGGCAUAAAUGGAACUGAUGGUCCGGCAGUAGUUAGCAUUAAUCUCUUCGUGCGCAGUUUACCUACAAUAAGCGACAUAAAGAUGGAAUAUUCCGUGCAACUUACAUUUCGCGAGCAGUGGUUAGACGAACGGUUGAAGUUCAACAACUUGGGAGGCCGUCUGAAAUAUCUGACUUUGACCGAAGCUAACAGAGUAUGGAUGCCUGAUUUAUUCUUUUCGAACGAGAAAGAGGGUCAUUUCCACAACAUCAUCAUGCCGAAUGUGUACAUCCGUAUAUUCCCCAACGGCAAUGUCCUCUACAGCAUUCGUAUAUCCCUCACCUUGUCAUGCCCCAUGAACCUAAAACUUUACCCGCUGGACAAACAAACGUGCUCACUGCGUAUGGCAAGUUAUGGCUGGACUACGGACGAUCUAGUAUUCUUAUGGAAAGAAGGCGAUCCGGUGCAAGUCGUUAAAAACCUCCAUCUACCAAGAUUUACGCUCGAAAAGUUUUUGACAGAUUAUUGCAAUAGCAAAACUAAUACCGGGGAAUACAGUUGCCUUAAAGUGGACUUGCUCUUCAAACGAGAAUUCAGUUACUAUUUGAUCCAGAUUUAUAUCCCUUGCUGCAUGUUGGUUAUUGUAUCAUGGGUGUCGUUUUGGCUUGAUCAAGGCGCGGUUCCAGCAAGGGUGUCACUGGGCGUAACUACGCUCUUGACCAUGGCUACGCAGUCCUCCGGCAUCAAUGCAUCUUUGCCACCUGUAUCAUACACAAAAGCUAUCGAUGUAUGGACUGGAGUGUGCUUGACAUUUGUUUUUGGAGCAUUAUUAGAGUUUGCCUUGGUAAAUUAUGCAUCACGAUCCGACAUGCAUCGUGAGAAUAUGAAGAAGACCAGGAGGGAAAUGGAAUCUGCUGUUAACAUGGAUGCGGCAUCGGACCUUAUGGAUACGGACAGCAAUGCCACUUUCACAAUGCAGAAACCUCUGGUGCGCGGCGGCGUGCUGGAUCCCAAGAUGCGACAAUGCGAGAUCCGCAUCAGCACCCCACGGAGAAACUGCUGCCGCCUUUGGAUGUCAAAAUUCCCAACCAGAUCGAAGAGGAUCGACGUCAUCUCAAGAAUCACUUUCCCACUGGUCUUUGCGCUGUUCAACCUAGCUUAUUGGUCAACUUAUUUGUUUCGGGAUGAAGACGAAGAAAAAUGAGAAACGGCCAAAGAAGAGGAAACACGAAAUGCGAUUAAAGUAGAUAAAGAUAUAUAUCAACCUUAUAAGACAUGUCUUUAUCUACUGAUAAUCAGUAUUGUCCUCUUCAUUCCAGCAAUCUGUGCGUGUAAGAAAUUUUAUUCUACAGACAAUACCAGAAAAAACGAACUAAAUAACAACUAUAUUGACAAAAGCAACAUGCCAAGGGCCUCAGAUAGAAAUACACUGGAAGAGAUAGAAUUAGCCGAAUAUCCGUAAAGUAUACUAGUAUAGUACAAUCCAUUGCCACUACGAGUGGGGCCACCACUCUCGGCACAGUGGUGACACCGCUAUUGGCAACUACAUAAUUAAACUCACAACAGAUAGCGGAAUGGCAUAUGGGAUAAAAAGGACCUUAGAGCACUUUUUCAACUUUAACUACUACAACUACAACUCCAAAUUAAGAAACGUGUUAAAAUUAUUAGUGUAGGAACACUAAUCAAAUAAUCAAAAUAGGAUAUUUUGAAAAAUUUGUAGUGUUCCUAUUUUAGACUUUUAGUACAAAAUAAUAAUACCUUUAUAUACCACAAAUAGUUAAUAACUGUAAGAAUAAUUUUAAAUUUUUUAAAUUUUCUAUAUUUUAUACGAAAAAUGUACGUAUCUACCUAACUGCCAGUUUCUGUUGUAAAUAAUUAAUGUGCCACAUCUAAAGCUAUUGUUUUUACCUACAACUGUUUGAACUUUUUAUGUCGAAGUAGUUAGGCGAGGUCUUUGCCCGUCACGAUGUUACUGUAGCGCACACUUCUUAGGUUAGAAUAGCUGUUUACUGUCCAACAUAACAACUCAGCACCCUAAGGGCUCCUUCACAUUAGACUCUUAUAGAGGGCAGCUGAUAUUGUAUGAAAAUUAGUAAUGGCGUUAAGUUUAACGCGCAAUUUACAUUGCGGCGGAACGAAAGCGAAAUUCGCAUUCCCACGAAUGCUCGCGAGAAUUCCCAUAGUUGCGCCUUUAGCCUGUAGUAGGUGUUCAUUAAUUCUAGAUUGAAUCUUUUACAUGACAAAGAUGAAGAACUUAUAUAUUGUUUUUAAUUCGCUUCUGUGCGAAACAUGAGAAGAAGAGAAAAAAAAGAACAAAAAGGAAAAAGUAUGAUCAUAAUUUGUCGAAAACGAAAAUAUUUCGCAAAGUUUAUAUGCGGAUUGGCCAGGCGUCGCCGACGGCAGCUGCGACAUCUCGCGAAUGCAAAAACAUCCCCGAGAAUGCGUGGUUCAUAUCUAUCACUCGUAGUUCGUACGUUAGACAAUUGACCAUAAGGUUCAUUUCUAUGUACAAUAUAGUUGUAAAAAUUGGCUUCCGUUCCAUUCCCCCGCAAUAUAAAUUGAGCCUAAGAGUUGGAAACAUAGAAGCAACCAGCGACUAAAAGCGAGUAUUCUAUUUUCACACAGUUUGCGCCUCAUCUAAGUGGAAAAUUGUACCACUAUGUUUAAAACGGCGUUCUGAAGUAAAGCCCCAUAAAGGUGUUUCUAGAAAUAUAAUAAUAGUCUAAAUAUAAUCGACUUUUAUAUAAAAACUGUUUGAAAGAAUCAAAAUGUGAAAAAAAACGUAACAAAAAUAGAUGAAAAAAACUACCUACAAUUUAAAAACAUCUGCAGGGUCUCUACAGGUGGAAUGAUUCGGCUAAAUGCUGGCCAGAGCAUAAAUAAUUAGUGAGAGACUUUUCUACAAUGCCAAUGUACAAAUUUUUAUAAAUUUACACUUAUGUAGUGUAAAUGUGGAUUAAUAAAGAAAAAGCGUCUAGAUUGUGUAAAUGUGUGUGAUGGGCCCACCAUAGUCACAUUUAAUAUAAAUAGGUAAAUAGCCAUUACCACACUGUAGCUAACCAAUACAAUAACUAUUAGACUCAUUGGCAGUAAUCACAAUUGGUAUUUGCCUAAACUUCGAGAAUAGAGACAAAAAGUGGAGACUACCUUACGCCAACAUUUUUUUGUCCCAGAAUUUUUUAGGAUUAGGAAAAUCACUUAGUGUAUUAAAAAAUUGACGUCAUUUGGGAUAAGUAGACUUUUAGAGUUAUUUUAUUUAGAGUUAUUUCUCUAACCUUUGCAACCACUAAUUUUUCGGAAUAUUUAGGAAAAUUCAGACAACAAAUCCUACUUAAUACAUGUAAUUAGAAAUUAUUAAGAUAUAUAUCUCAAACAUACUGUUGAUUGUGUUUCGUGAUGUAAUCGGAGGAAUGUCCAUACAUUCCUCCGGAUCCUAAAACUAUUGCAUCGACUGAAAGACCUUCAAAAAGGAAGACAAUUAAACAAUAGGCCUCUGGCUAACAAAUCGAGUCAAUUAUCGACUUACCUAUCCCAAAAAGCGUAAUUUUUUUAUCUAUUUAAGUGAUUUCCCCAAAUCCCGAAAAAAUCCGGAAUAAAAAAAUAUUGUCGUAAGGUAGUGUCCAGUUUCUGUCUCUGUUCUUCGAAGUUUAUGUAUAUAUACUCUACCUAUUCUGAUCACUGCUUAGUAGUUAUGAAGCGUGUAAGAAAGGUGUUUAAUACAUCUGGAUUUCAUAAAAUAUUUCCUCCCUCUUACAGCCCUUGUAAUAAAAUUACCUAUAUUAUUUGCCGUAAAACUGUUGGAAUCAUAUUAAUAAACUUGCUCACUAUGAAACUACAAGGAAAACUAUUAGGGCGCUCAUCGGUAAUAAUUUUUAGUUGAAUAUGGCGCUGCGCAAACGUGUGUGUUGUAUUGGAAACAAGCAACCGGCAGCUAGAAACGAAUUAUAUUUUUAUGCCAUUAAUAUGAAGUCGGCAGUUACGGCAACCGGACACAGUCGACGGUUGCCGCAACCGCAAUUGUAUCAAAAUGUUCGGUUGCUGGUUGCUUGCGCCGAAUUGCGACCAAAAAAGGACGCGCGCGUGACACAACAGUUUUAAAAUUAAUAAUGGCGCUUUUGUAAGCGUCUGAUUUAACAGCGCUCUUAGAUUCAUUUGUUAAAAAAUGUUAUUUACAUUUUAACAAUUUGCAUUCACUACAAAUUUUCUAUUUCAUUGUUGAUGAAAAAUGAUUUCGUCACUAUUUUUUUUCUCCUUUUUUGCCCGUGGAUUGGAAAUUAACAUUAACAUACCAAAAAAUCUGUUUUUUUAACCACGCGGCCACUCGACCUAGGCGAAGCGAGCAAAUAGAAAGCUAAAACGAAUCCAUCUACACUUGUUAAUCACGUUAAUGAUCGUAGUUUCUUAUUUAAAAAAGGUGAAAAAAUUCUGGACAGGUAUUACAAUCUAAACCUUACGUUGCUGACAUAUCGUAAAGUUCUAUACCUUGUCUUGUUUUGCUUUUCGAUUUUAUAUUGAAAUUACAUUCAAUGUGCUGCCUUCUAGCGGUAAAUGGCUGAAAGACGACGAACGAUCGUCGUCGUCGAAGAUUAGAAACAUUUACAUAUUUAUUUUUUAUACAUAUGCACUAUUAUUACACAAAUAUUUAUUACGUAUAUCAAAAUAACAUGUGUCAAUGUCUAUUAAUGAAGUAAUUUAAUUAGUUUACACUUAUGCCAUCUUAUUUGUUAAUAUUAUUUAUUUAGUGUAAUUAUUUUAGCACAUGUCAACUAUCACACACACAUUACAUAUGUAUUAUACUUUUACACACACGUUGUAUGCAUUGUUUGCAACCGAGACCGUGCUUCACUCAUAUCGGGCCUGCUGAAAACCUGCGCUAUAGGCAGGAUAUCCUGCCCGUAGCAAAAUGCUGAGCAAGUCCCGUUUGUGUGCGCCACGACACUCAUUACUCGUAUUAUUAUUGUGUUUACUGUGAUGUGAGAUUAUCAACAGUAAAUUGCGUUUGUGUGCAAAUUACUUUUCUUUGUCUAUUUGUUGUACUAUGCUAUAGUUUCAAGUUUAUAAUGUUUAAUAUGAUAGUUUUUAAGUUCAUUCAUGUGUGUCUUGGCGAACACAAUAAAGUUUUCUUAUUCUAAAAAGUUACGGAAAUGGUGUACCAAAAUGGAGUAGUCACAUUUUGAUAGACUAUAGUAACUUUUGUUGGUUCAUGAAUAAAUUUAAAUGUCUGUGCGUAACAUAUAAUUAAUAUUGUUAUAUCGUAAAAUAAAUAUUUUAAACUUAAAGUUG